AUGGAUCCCGGCCGGUCGAGCGACGUGUCGCCCGAAGCGAUGCAGGCUCGCAUCCAGCAGGCACGUCGCGAGGCUGAGACGCUCAAGGACAGGAUCAAGAGGAAAAAGGAGGAGCUUGCAGACACUACGCUCCGUGCCUUUGCCGCUCAAGCCCACGAGCCGGUCCCUAAGAGCCAGAUGAUGAAGCCAAAGAGGACACUGAAGGGGCAUCUUGCCAAGAUUUACGCUAUGCACUGGUCGACCGAUCGACGGCAUCUCGUUUCGGCGUCACAGGACGGCAAGCUCAUCAUCUGGGAUGCUUACACAACAAACAAGGUCCAUGCCAUCCCCCUCCGGUCGUCAUGGGUCAUGACGUGCGCCUAUGCCCCAAGCGGCAACUUCGUCGCGUGUGGUGGUCUGGACAACAUUUGUUCUAUCUACAACCUCAACCAGAACCGCGAUGGCCCGACGAGGGUAGCCCGCGAACUGUCGGGCCACGCCGGCUACCUGUCGUGCUGCCGCUUCAUUAACGACCGGAGCAUCCUGACAUCGUCCGGCGAUAUGACUUGUAUGAAGUGGGAUAUCGAGACGGGGACCAAGGUUGUCGAGUUCGCCGACCAUCUCGGCGACGUCAUGAGUAUCAGCCUCAACCCCACUAACCAGAACACCUUCAUCUCGGGUGCCUGCGACGCGUUCGCUAAGUUGUGGGAUAUUCGCGCUGGCAAAGCCGUGCAGACGUUUGCCGGCCACGAGUCUGAUAUCAACGCCAUCCAGUUCUUCCCCGAUGGCCACUCCUUCGUAACAGGGUCGGACGACGCCACUUGCCGUCUCUUUGAUAUUCGCGCAGAUCGGGAACUCAACUUCUAUGGCUCUGAAUCCAUUCUCUGCGGCAUUACCUCGGUUGCCACCUCCGUUUCUGGGCGACUCCUCUUCGCCGGUUAUGACGAUUUCGAGUGCAAGGUUUGGGAUAUCACCCGGGGCGAGAAGGUUGGCUCUCUUGUGGGCCACGAAAACCGUGUUAGCUGUCUUGGUGUGUCAAACGACGGUACAAGUUUGUGCACAGGUUCUUGGGAUGCCUUCCUCAAGAUCUGGGCCUACUAA